AUGAUCUAUGAUCUCAAUAUCAGCUGGUCGCCUUCCACCACUGCAUCGGCUCUGGAGGUUACACUCCGCCAGGCAGCCGUCCUGGGCUAUGACGUCGUCGCCAUCAACCACACCAUCAACAAGCUCCCCAUCCCGUCGCCCAUAACAAACCCGCUCCCUCUGGUACCCCAGUCCAAAACCCUUCCGACUGUGCUCCGCCGCGCAACAGUCCAGUAUGCCGACCCACGCGACAAUCACCGGCUCGACGCCGUCGCCGCCGCCUUUGACAUACUCGCCGUCCGCCCCAUGAACGAGGCCGCAUUCAACCACGCCUGCGUCAACCUCUCAGAGCCCAGCAUUUUGACCCUCGACCUGGCCGCCAACCUGGGCUUCUAUUUUCGCCCCAAGAGCGUCAUGGCUGCCGUGCGCCGCGGCGUCAGGAUAGAGAUCUGCUACAGUCAGGGGGUCGGCGCCCGUGAUUCUCGAUCCAGGGCCCUCUUUGUCGCGAAUCUAGUCGGGCUUCUCCGGGCCUCCAAGGGCAGGGGCUUGGUAGUAUCGAGCGGCGCCGCCGCCGGCUCACCUGCACUCCUACGGGCCCCUGCCGACGUUGUCAACCUCCUGGCCGUGUGGGGUAUGGGCACCGAGAGAGCCCUGGACACUCUCAGCGGGAACCCCAGGGGCGUGGUUGUGAACGAGGGCAUCAAGAGGAGUGCGUUCAGGGGCGUGAUCGACGUGGUGCAUGGCGCUGGCGCUGUGAACAGCGAGGAAAUUGGUGGUGAUGCCUCUGGCACCGCGGCAGGUGAGAAGAAGGAUAGGAACAAAGAAAAGGGCCUCAAAAGGAAAAACGGCGAACAAACCGGUGCUGGCGACGACCAGAAGCUAAGCAAAAGGCAAGCAAAAAAGCAAAAGCAGCAGAGUCAGGUUGCAAAACAAAGCAAAGGAACAACAGGCAAAGGAUAA